AAGAUAAUCAGUGAUUUUACUGAUUUCUUGAAAUAUUUUUCAAAUUAAUAAAAUUUGAUUAAAAAUGUUAAGGAAUUUAUUAAAAACGUCCAGUUCCUUGGCAAAAGCAACUUGGCAUCCAGUACAAAAAGAAAUUCUAUUAUCGUCGGCUGUUGUGUCCAGACGUAAUAUUGGGUUGCAGCAUGGCCAAAAUGAUCCCUACCAUGCGGGUACAAUGGCUGAAGUCAAAGAUGAAAUCAUGAAUCGUCUAGGCUUAGAAGCUGGCUAUUCACCGGUGCCCAAAACCCGUGAACAUCUUUUAAAAUAUGAACCGAAAUUAUCCGAUUUACCACCGCGUUCUAUGCAGGAUUCUUUUACCUCGGCCAUUUUGCCAUUGAGUGUGGAUAAGUCGUUGCAAGAUAAAUACAUCUCAUUUUUGGGUAAUGUCCGUAUGGGUCGUUUAAUGGAGGAUAUGGACUUGUUUGCCGUCUGGGUGUGCCAUCAACAUGUCAAACUCAAUAAUCUACCCGAAAAUGUACACUUGCCAUACACCUUUGUCACCAUAUUGGUAGACAAAAUAACAUUUUCCGAUAUGAAGGCCAAGGCCACCGAAGAUGUUAGAAUAUCGGGUCAUGUUUCAUGGGUGGGUAAGAGUUCCAUGGAAAUUGUGGUGUGGUUGGAACAAAAAGAUAAUGGCGGCUGGAAAAAAAUCACUAGAGCUUUGUUUCUAAUGGCUGCCCGUAAUGCCACCAAUACCGCGGCAGCUCCUGUCAAUCCCAUACAACCGGCCAAUGAAGAAGAGACCAAGAUAUUAAAUGGUGGAGUAGAGCGUAAAAAACUUCGUCAGAUACUACAAGCUUCAUCGAUUUUCAAAGUAGAACCCAAUGACUAUGAACAGUCUUUGAUGUAUAACCUGUUUAAGAGGACUACACCUCAAACAACCAUGGAGUUGAAUAGUCGCAUUUUACCUGCCAAAUGUCGCUGGAUGUCUGAUUCAUUUGUUACCAAUACCAUGGCCUCGUUUCCUGAAAAUCGUAAUGCCCAUAAUAAGGUAUUUGGUGGUUUUCUAAUGCGCAAUGCUUUGGAAAUUAGCUGGGUGGGAGCCAAUCUUUAUUGCAAGAGUCGUCCCAAAUUGGAGCAUAUUUGCGAUAUUAGCUUUCAACAGCCUGUGAGUGUAAAUUCAUUUAUUAAAAUGACCGCCUAUGUAGUGUAUACGGAUGUUAACUAUUUACAAAUGAUGACAGUGGCCGAUGUAAUUGAUGCUUCCACUGGUAAUCAAUUGACUUCGAAUGUUUUCUACUAUACGUUUUCGCUGAAGGAUGAGGUGCCCGAAGUUUUACCCAGAUCCUAUCAUGAAACAAUGUGGUAUAUUCAAGGACGUCGUAAGUUUAAGUAUGCCUUGGGCUUGGAAUAAAUGCGAUGCAAUACGACACGAGAUUAAAUACUUUUAGUUUUAAUAAGUCAAUAAAACGAAGAGAUAUUUAAAUAUGUUAUUGACAUAAAGUUUUGUUAGUAGUAUGGUUUACAUACAUAGAGGAAUUUUUUUUUUUGAAUUUAUUAAAACUGCCCAAUUUUCUUUUUAAAGAAAAUUGUCCAUAUUUUUUCGGAUUGUCUUUGCCAAUGAUAUUAAAUUUUGUGUACUUAUUUAUUUAUUAAAGUUAUAGGUAUUGAAUCUGUCAUAAUUUAUUAAUCAUUCAUUAUUAAUUAUUGAUUUUGAAAUAAAAUUGUCUAAUAAAACAAAAAAAGCAUGUAAUAAUGUAAUAAA